UAAACAGUAUUCAUCAGAUGUGCAAGUAGUUGAGAACUAUAAAAUAUCUCCUCCACUAGUUCAACUUAGUUACAGAAUAUGGUAGCACAGACAGAGGAACUGGAUUUAGUUUUAAAGGAAUUCUCGGAAAUAGUUCAAAGCUUCCCAGGAUUAAACUUUGCACACAAGAACGAGAAAACAAACAUUUUGGAAACAUCUGAUAUUCCUCCCCGACCCCCACCUCCAAUAUCAUUUCCUCCUCCACCUCCAAUAUAUACUAGAGCAUACCCAUCUUCCCCUCCAAUACAUUCUGGAGCAUACCCAUCUUUACCUCCAAUACAUACUGGAGUAGACCCACCCCCUCCUCCAACCAGAUCCAAUACACUAUUAAAGAAAAUAAAUGCGAACCCAACUUCUCCCGCUUCAACUCCAGGUCCUCCAUGUUCUUCUUCACUUAGUUCACCACCAUCUCCCCCUUCACGUGGAACAGAUACAAUUGGCGAUAGGAGACCAAUGAUGAAAAAGGUGUCUUUGUUUCAGAUUGGGUACUCGGAAGUUAAAAAACCGGAAGUAGAAGGGGAGGAGGAAGUAGAUACCGGAGAAAGAGGACCAGAUCACGCAGUUGAGAAAUUAGAUAAUCUUAUCUCAGAUAUGGAGGAAUUCAGAGAUAAGCAGUCCUUUGAGGAAAGAAGAAGAAAAAUUCCAAUUUCUCGACAAAUUGAUAUUAAGAUUGAUACUGAGCUAGAGAAUGAUCUGGAGAAGUUAACCAUGAACAUGGUGAACAGCAUGAAUGGGUUCCAGGAGGAGGAGGAGGAGGAUGAGGAGAGGGAGGUCCUAGGUUCUUGCUUCAAGUGCAACAGGAAGAUUUUAAACCAAUCCGUGCUAGCAGGAGAAAAGAAAUUUCAUGAGGAUUGUUUUACGUGCAAGCACUGUAACAUCAGGCUCGCCGGCAAAUAUUUUGUAGUGGACAACUUUUUCUAUUGUGAAUUUCAUAAAACGGUUUCCCUGGAUAAGUGUUCAAUCUGUCAAGAUUUUAUAACCGAAGGAGGAAUACAAACCAAUGGAAGAAAUUAUCAUAUUUCCUGUUUUACUUGUUCUGAGUGUUCUCAGCCUUUAAGCGGGAAGUUUUAUACAACUGCUGACGGGAAAAACAUUUGUGAACUGGAUUACAAGAGGUCCCGUGAGAAAUGUUUUCACUGCUCACUUCCAAUGCUUGAUCAGAUUUUGACUGCUUUGGAUCGAAAAUAUCAUCCUCAGUGCUUUAGGUGUGCUCUGUGUGAUAUCCCCCUGGACGGAAUACCGUUUAUCCAAGACGGAAGAGUAGUGAACUGCAAAGAUUGCUAUGCAAGAUACAAGGCAAAACAAUGCUGUAUAUGUGGAGAAGGAAUAGUCUCUAGUGCUGAUAGAAAGACUUCACUGAUAACCUGUGAAGGCAGAAGCUACCACGAACAAUGUUAUUGCUGUAAGGGAUGUGGAAUUAGCCUAACCGGAGAAUACUGUUAUACUGCAGGGGACAAUAUAUUCUGCACAGGCUGCCAAACUAACAAUGUAAAAUAGAAAAUAGUGUUUAGAUAAUAACACAAUUAAACAAUAUAUAUUCAUGUUAUAACACUAAUAAUAUACUUGGCUGUAAUUAUUAAACAAAUAAAGCGUUUACAAACUUAA